AUGAUAAAGUUAUUUUCUCUAAAACAACAGAAAAAAGAUGGAGAACCUUCACCUAGACAAGGGAAUCAAAAGAAAGCUUCAGCUGCACAAUUAAGGAUAACAAAAGAUAUUAACGAGCUAAAUCUUCCUAAGACGUGCACAACAGAAUUUCCUGAUCCAGAUGACCUAUUAACUUUUAAAUUAGUGAUAUGUCCUGAUGAGGGAUUCUACAGAACUGGCAGAUUUGUAUUUAGCUUCAAGGUAGGUCCAAAUUACCCACAUGAGCCCCCAAAAGUCAAAUGUGAAACCCAAGUAUAUCAUCCAAAUAUUGAUCAGCAAGGUAAUGUUUGUCUCAACAUCUUACGAGAAGACUGGAAGCCCGUUUUAACAAUAAACAGCAUUGUGUAUGGUCUCCAAUAUCUCUUCCUUGAACCAAAUCCUGAAGACCCACUGAACAAAGAAGCUGCUGAAGUGCUUACUAAUAAUCGUAGAUUAUUUGAACAGAACGUCCAAAAGGCCAUCAGGGGAGGAUAUGUAGGUGGAGUUUAUUUUGAUCGUUGUUUGAAGUGA